AUGGACAGGAUAGCUGACAACGAUACCUAUAAGUUUCGCUGGGCUGAUAAUGAUGAAAUCGAAAUUCUUCCUCGUUUACUGAUAAUGUUUCUUGCGGAAGAUCCGUUUCUAUUCGCCAGGCGAGUUGCAAGAGCUCUGAAAAUACGGGAUUUGAACAUGAAAGAGCUUAUGUACAACUUCUUUGUUGAUAACAUGCCAACUGAAGGCGUUUCGAAUCUGUCACUGGAACAGCUGAAUAGAGUUAUGAUGUUAGUUUCAAAUUCAGGAAAGAUUGACCGAAAGAGUCUGGAUGCCAUUGGACUGGUUGAUGAAAUGAAUUUAGAGUAUUCAAGAACUAUGAAUCGGAUUACCUUGGACUCACAGUAUGACAUUGACAACAGCAACGAAAUGAUGCGAAAUGUUUACGUACCACCCUUACGUUUCCAUAGUAGUCGAGAAUACGGUGUUUUGCAAGAUAUUCCUCCGCAUGAUUGGGCACAACAAUAUUGUCUUUUUAAUUUCAACUCUUUUCUUACCAAGACAGAAUUGAUCAAUUGCAUUGUCAAAACCAAAACAGAGAAUCAGAAGAUUCUUUCGAUGAGUUUGUUCGCGCCGCAUCCAAACAAAACCACCAAACCAGAUGAAUUCGAGCACCUUGAGCUUCAAGCUAUUUCUCAGACCUCCGCAUAUCUAAAGGACACCUGGUUGACUUCACUGAAGAACAGUCUCAGGAACGGAUUGAAAGAUGUUGGAAAAGGAUGGUUCAACCUAAAUGAAACCAAACGUGAGGUUUACGACAUAAGCAAACUAAAGAAAUUCAUGACCAUGAUAAACUUUAUGAUGCAAGAUACGCUAAGGUCAAUGGCAGAGGACUCUCUGACUAGUUUUGCGGACUUCAUCUGCAGUGCCGUUGCAUAUGACGUGGAGGUACACGACAUCUCGACCGUCAGAAAUCAUCGCUUGGUUGACAGUCAAUUGAAAUGGCCGCUCUUCAAAUUAGAAUUGAUUUUGAAUCAAGACGGAACGGUGGACAUCGGGAGCAAUGGAGUUCCAACACCUUUCGAGCAAGUUGUUGAAAUGCCUCUCUCCUUGUUUGACAAAGCCCUUUCGUCUAUUUCAGAUAUCCCGCAAAUCGAACCAAUGGUUGUCGAUCAAAUAUUUUGGAGCUCAAAACCAAUUCUGGCCAGCAUACAUCCUACUGAAAGUCUUCCAUCAACUUUGAGAGACAAGAUGAAAAAUGGUCUACAGGAAUCGUUGAAACCUAUGCAAGAGUACAUGGGCAAGUUUGGUGAAUUUCGGUCAAUCUUGACAACGAAUCCCGAAGAGUAUGUGGCCGAAUUCAUGAAGGAUAAGAAAUUGACCAAUCUUGUAGAUUCUAAAGCGGACAUUGAGAACCGAAUCCCCUUAUCUAUGCAAAUUGGAGCCUUCGAAUUAAGUUUAGAGAGCUUGAGAGUUGCAUUGCAAAAUGACUAUCAAAAAAUGAUAGAUCUCUUUCUGCAUCAGGUAGCUGCCCAAACAAGGGACUUGUGCGACGAACAUAUGAAGAAAUGUGAUCAGAUUGUCAAGAAGUUGAAAAAUCCUUCAAAAAGCAUUGAGGAAUUGACCGAAUUGAAAGACUUUAUUCAUCAUUUACCCGAAUCCAUAAAUGCAAUACAUCAGGAGAUAGCUCGAACAAUGCAAAAUUAUGAGCUACUUGACGACUACAAGUAUGAAUACACCAGAGAUGAUACCAAGAGAAGGUGGAACACAUUCGGAGUUCUCUCAAAAAUCUCUCAAGCUAUGGAGUUUGCCAACACGAUGAUCAAGUCGGAUAAGGAGAUCUUUGAGAACGAGAUGCUUGAAGCACAAGAAGAAUUUGCAAAUGAGCUGAGCUCAAUCUCUGCCCUUGUUUCGAAUUUCUCGAAGCACUCAGAUUUAUCGAAAACGAAAGAGAUUUCAGAGACGGUGAUGUCAAUCAACGAAAAAUUGAAAAAUGCGAUGGCACAAGCCCAGCUUUUCAAUUCUAGAGAAGCCCAGCUAGAAAGGGCCAUCACCAACUACAAUGAAAUGCCAUAUGAGCUACAGAAAGUUCAGAAGGCCUUUGAGCCAUAUUCAAAUUUUUGGUUGGCUGCAAGGGAGUGGGAAAGCAACUUUUCUACUUGGAUGGACGGAAAAUUCAAUGAGAUAGAUCCAGAGCAAGUGGACAGGGUAACACAGAACUGCUUUAGAGUAAUCCUGAAGAGCACCAAGUUUUUUGAAGGAAAACUUCCAGAACUUUUGGAUGCUGCGAACAAUUUGAAAUCGCAGAUCGAUUCAUUCAAAGAAUUGAUACCUCUGGUGCAGGCAUUGAGGCAGCCUGGCAUGAGAGAUCGGCACUGGCAAAAUCUUACCGAGCUCCUUGGUUUUGACCUAAAGCCUGAUGAUUCAUUCACGCUGAGGAUAGGUAUCGAGCAGCAAAAGCUCAACGAAAGGAUGGAAACCAUAGUGAAGGUUUGUGACAUUGCAGGCAAAGAAUUUGCUAUAGAAGAAGCAUUGAAUAAGAUGGAGAGAGAUUGGAAAGGAGUGGAGCUGCACGUAAAAGCAUACAGAGACACUGGGACAUUUGUUCUUGGUGGCUGGGACGAGAUCUUUCAAUUACUUGAUGAUCACAUUGUUUUGACUCAAGGCAUGACAUUUUCUCCCUACAAGAAACCGUUCGAAGAACGCAUCUCAAAAUGGGAACAUGCUUUGAAAUUGUGUUCUGAUAUUCUAGAACAACUUCUUGCGUGCCAGCGAAAUUGGAUGUAUUUGGAACCAAUUUUUGCUUCAGAUGAUAUUCAGAAGCAAUUGCCCACUGAGUCAAAAAGAUUUCAAACAGUAGACCGAAAUUGGAGAAAAUUCACUGCAGAAGCCAACAAGAAUUCCGAGCCUUUGCAGUUAUGCAAUACAGAAAGAAUAUUGCACACCUUCGUGGAUUGUAACAAACUUCUCGAUAUCGUGGCGAAAGGACUAUCUGAUUACUUGGAAACCAAACGUUCUGGAUUUGCAAGGUUCUAUUUCUUGUCAAACGAUGAAUUACUCGAGAUUUUGAGUCAGACAAGGGAUCCUUUGGCUGUUCAACCCCAUCUCAGAAAAUGUUUUGAAGCGAUUGAUCGUCUCGACUUCAAGGAAGAAAGCGGUAAGAUGUUGUGGACUGCCAUGAAUUCGGCCGAGAAGGAAAAGGCUUCGUUUGACACUGCAGUGCCUGUGGCGGGAAAUGUUGAGAACUGGUUAUCGCAAGUGGAAAGAAUGAUGAAGCAGAGUGUGAAGUCCAUUUGUAAGGCGUCUGCAGAAGAUUACCUGACGAACACUGGCGGAAGGAAACAGUGGGUGCAGGAAUGGCAAGGGCAGAUGGUAUUGGCUGGAAGCCAGCAUUACUGGUCUAUCGAGAUGGAGGAAGCGAUGCUGCAGGGCGGAAACGAGGGACUGCGUAAGUACUAUCAAAAGAUGCUUCUCCAGUUACAGGAUUUGGUGGACAUUGUUCGUUCGAACCCAUCGUACUUGAUAGCGCUGACCCUCGGAGCCUUGAUGGUGAUCGACGUACAUGCUCGAGACGUUACUUUGAAGAUGUGUGAGGAUGGAGUCUCAAGCCCAAAAGAGUUUUCCUGGGUCAGCCAGCUCAGGUACUACUGGGAAGAUCAAGAGGACUUGCCAGGUCUAGGUAGCCCAGGGUUCAUCGUGAGGCAGAUUCAAGCUAGUUUCCCAUAUGGAAUGGAGUACCUCGGCAACACCCCCCGACUAGUCAUCACCCCUCUGACUGAUCGCUGCUAUAUCACCCUCACCGGUGCCAUGGAUCUACUUCUUGGAGGAGCUCCGCAGGGACCAGCAGGGACGGGAAAGACUGAAACCACUAAGGAUCUUGCUAAAGCACUUGCUAAGCAGUGUGUCGUGUUCAAUUGCAGUGAUGGCCUUGACUAUCUUGCAAUGGGAAAAUUCUUCAAGGGGCUUGCAAGCUCUGGAGCGUGGGCUUGCUUUGACGAGUUCAACAGGAUUAACGUAGAAGUGCUGUCGGUCAUUGCCCAGCAAAUCAUCUCCAUUCAGAAAGCUGUGAGAGCAAGGUUACCCAGAUUUACUUUCGAGGGCUCAGAAAUCAAUCUAGAUCCCGCCAACGCAGUCUUCAUCACGAUGAAUCCUGGAUAUGCUGGCCGAGCUGAAUUGCCUGAUAAUCUCAAGGCGUUGUUUAGGCCAGUGGCAAUGAUGGUUCCAGACUACGCGCUCAUUGCAGAGAUCAGUCUGUUUUCAUUUGGAUUUGGUGAUCCAAGGCCUGCAAGCAAGAAGAUGGUGGGCACCUUCCAGCUUUCAUCUGAGCAGCUCUCCUCUCAGGAUCAUUAUGACUUCGGUAUGCGUGCAGUCAAGAGUGUCAUCAAUGCAGCUGGACUGCUCAAACGAGCUCAACCUGACGCCGACGAAGAGCUGCUGGUGAUGAGAGCUCUUCUCGAUGUCAAUCGCCCCAAGUUUCUGAGGGACGACCUCAUCUUGUUCCAAGGCAUCAUCAGCGAUCUCUUUCCGGGGACCAAGGAGCCCACGAGAGAAUACGGCAAGCUGAUGGAAGCCAUCCAUGCCAGAAGCAAAGAAAACAACCUGCAGCCUGUCGAGGCCUUCACGAGCAAGUGCAUUCAGCUGUAUGAGACUACCACGGUCAGGCACGGCCUCAUGCUCGUUGGUCCUGCAGGGGGCGGCAAGACGAAAGUCGACCUGAUCCUGGCAGAGGCCCAGUCAAUGUGUGCGGGAAUAGACGGCUUUACUCACACCAAGAGGUUGAUCAUCAACCCCAAGUCGAUCACCAUGGGUCAGCUGUACGGAAGCUUCGACGAGAACACGCACGAGUGGACUGACGGCAUCCUCUCUACCAUCGUGAGGCAAUGCACCAACGAGGAGACGGAAGACAAGAAGUGGAUUGUUUGCGACGGCCCUGUGGAUGCCAUCUGGAUUGAGAGCAUGAACACUGUUCUGGAUGAUAACAAGAAGUUGUGUCUUGUCAGUGGUGAAAUAAUCAAAUUGUCGCCAACCAUCUGCAUGCAGUUUGAAGUUGAGGAUCUUGCUGUAGCUUCUCCGGCCACUGUCAGUAGAUGCGGAAUGAUCUUUGUGGAGCCAUCUGCGCUUGGAGUGACUGUCUUGUACGAAUCCUGGUUGGAACGAUUAGAUGAAAAGUUCAAGCCGUUUGAGAAGGAGUUUCAACAUCUCAUGUCUACCUUUAUUGAACCUGCCUUGCAAUUUGUCCGUCGAAAUAUCACCGAAGUUGCUCAAACUGUGGACAAUAACCUUGUAAACAGCUUGUUGAGGUUGAUCGAUUGUCAAAUUGCAACAUGUUUUGCACGGGUGGAAGAAGAAGAGGACGAAAGGAAGGUGGAGCCAGCUAAAAUCGUUUCAGAGUCCUUCUUCUUCGCCCUCAUCUGGUCCAUUGGAGCCUCAUGCGAUUAUGCUGGAAGAUCCAAGUUUAACUCAUGGCUGAAGGAAAGCGUUGCUUCAGCAAACCUCAAUAGCAAAAUGCCAUCCCUCGAGGACGGUGUUACGACUUGUUAUGAUUUCUUGUUUUCCUUCAGAAGUUACGAAUGGGUAACAUGGUUAGAAACGACAGAGAAGUUUGUUUUGGACAUGCAAACAAGCUUCGAGAACAUUGCUGUGCCUACGGUUGAUACCAUUCGAUCUUCUCAUGUGCUUGAUUUGCUCCUUCGAAACGAUGUGAACGUGCUUUGCUGUGGUCAGACAGGCACAGGAAAAUCAGUGGUUGUCAAUGAAAAAGUUGGAAAGAAAAUGCCGGAGAAGUAUGUUCCGAAGUUCAUGGCGUUCUCAGCAUCUACCUCUGCCAAUCAGACACAGGAUGUUCUUGACGGCACCAUGGACAAGCGGAGGAAGGGAAUCUUCGGCCCGCCAGUAGGGAAGAAGCUCGUCCUUGUGAUCGACGACCUCAACAUGCCUGCCAAGGAAGUGUACGGGGCCCAACCGCCCAUUGAAUUGAUUCGUCAAUGGUUUGAUCACCAAGGUUGGUACGACAGGAAAACGUUUGAGUUUCGAAACAUCGUGGAUGUUACUUUAUGUGGAGUGAUGGGUCCUCCCGGUGGCGGUAGAGUAGCCCUGACCAAUAGGUUCAUGCGGCACUUGAACUUCUUGGCAUUCCCUGAGAUGGGUUACGAUUCAUUGAGCUUGAUCUUCUCAACCAUCUUGUCAGGAUGGUUUGCUCACAACUUUACGAAUCACAUGGAAACAUUCGGAGACGUUGUUCCAAAGUUUGUGAAAGCUACUCAUGCUGUCUAUUCCUCCGUGUUGAAGGAGCUGCUGCCCACACCUGCUAAAGCACAUUAUGCGUUCAACUUGAGAGAUUUGUCAAAGGUGUUCCAGGGAGUCCUCAUGGGGGAUGUUAAGUCAUUAACUACACUUCAAGAUGUUUGCAGAAUCUGGAUACACGAAUGUAUGCGAGUGUUUUCUGAUCGACUCAUCAACGACGAAGAUAGAGAAUGGUUUAGAAAACUGCUUUCUCUGCAGCUUCAAGAGAACUUUGAAAUAGAUUACACUGAGCUGAUCGGCAGCAACAGGCUGAUCUUCGGGGAUUAUAUGAAUCCUGGUACAGACAACAAGCGGUACCAGUGGAUUGAGGAUUUUGGAAAGCUGCAAAAGGUGAUGGAAGAAUAUUUGGAUGAUUACAAUGCAGAGACUACCAAGAAGAUGAACUUAGUCAUGUUCUUGGACGCAAUUGAGCAUGUUUCAAGGAUCUGUCGAAUCAUUCGAACUCCUCUCGGCAAUGCUUUGCUUCUUGGUGUUGGUGGAAGCGGAAGGCAAAGCUUGACACGGCUGGCUGCCUUCAUUGCAGAAUUCAAAUGCAUCUCUAUCGAAAUCACCAAAGGGUACGGAAAGAACGAAUGGCGGGAAGAUUUGAAGAAAUGCCUGCUGGCUGCAGGUGUGGAGAACGAGCAGAUAGUAUUCUUAUUCACGGACACGCAAAUCAUCAAAGAGUCCUUCAUGGAAGACAUUAAUGGCAUCUUAAACAGCGGCGACGUUGCCAACAUGUACGGGAACGACACCCUAGAAGAAAUCGGAGCAGCUAUGCGUCCGGUUCUCCAGGCAAAGGGAAUCGCCCCAACGAAAGCGUCUCUCUACGCAGAAUACCUCACUAGGGUUCGCAGUAAUCUGCACGUGGUCCUUGCUAUGAGCCCCGUCGGCGAUGCUUUCAGGACUCGGCUCAGGAUGUAUCCAGCCCUUGUGAAUUGUUGCUCGCUCGAUUGGUUUGCGGAGUGGCCUGAUGAAGCUUUGGAGUCCGUUGCGCAACAAAAAUUAUCCGACAUCGAUUUUGAAUCACAGCAAAUUCGGCAAGGCGUGUAUGAUAUGUGUACCAGAAUCCACAUGAGUGUAGAGAAGAUGUCAGCCAAGUUUCUCUCGGAACUCGGUCGAUACAAUCAUGUCACUCCGACGAGUUACCUCGAGUUGCUGAUCACGUACAAAGAGCUCUAUUCUCUCAAGAAGCAAGAAGUCCAACGGUCGAAGCAAAGGCUGGAGAUCGGGCUGGACAAGCUGAUCAGCACAGCAGAGAUGGUAUCUGUGAUGCAGGUGGAGUUGAGCGAGCUACAGCCGAUCUUAGAGAAGAAAGGACAGGAGGUGGAAGACCUCAUGAAGGUCAUUUCCAAAGACAAAGCCGACGCCGAGAUCACCCAGGCGGCAUGUGCCGAAGAAGAGAAGAAGGCGAACGAGAAGGCUGUAGCCACCAAGACGAUUGCAGACGACGCGCAACGUGAUCUAGACGAAGCUCUCCCUGCCUUGGAUGCUGCUGUCGCUUCCUUGAAGAGUCUGAACAGGAAUGACAUUGUCGAGGUGAAGGCUUUAUCAAACCCUCCAGCUGGAGUAAAGAUGGUGAUGGAAGCUGUUUGCAUCAUGUUCGAGUACAAGCCUGAGAAGGUCAAGGAUCCAAACGACCCAAUGAAGAAGAUUGAUGAUUAUUGGGGCGUUGCAAAGAGCAAGGUUUUGGCUGACCCCACAAAGUUUCUCGACUCUUUGUUCAACUAUGAGAAAGAUAACAUCAAAGACACGACGAUCAAGAAGAUCGAGCCUUUCGCCAACAACCCUGACUUCACUCCUGAAGCCGUAGCUAAGGUGUCGAAGGCUUGCACAUCCAUAUGUCUUUGGGUCUUGGCGAUGAACAAAUACUAUCAUGUGGCCAAGAUGGUCGAACCCAAGAAGAGGCAGCUUGCUGAAGCUCAGGCAGAGCUGGAUGAAACCCUUGCAAAACUAGCUCUUGCGCAGAAAGAGUUGAAGGAAGUGCAGGACCGGGUAGCGGAGCUCGAGGCCAAGUUCAACGACGCGGUCAAGGAGAAGAGUGAGCUAGCACACAAGGUCGAGCUAUGCGCGUUGAAGUUGGUCAGGGCGGACAAGCUCAUCGGAGGUCUCGGGGGGGAAAGGAGCCGGUGGCAGGAGUCAGUGAAGCAGUUCGAGAUAGACUUCAAGAACGUGGUCGGAGACGUGCUCUCAGCGGCUGGCGCGAUAGGCUACUUGGGAGCCUUCACCGGGCAGUACCGUGAUGAGCUUUAUUCGAUAUGGCAAGAGAGCAUGAAAGAGUUCUCGAUACCUCAUUCCAAGAUCUGCGAUUUGAUCAGCGUCUUAGAAGACCCAGUCUUGGUCCGCCAAUGGAGAAUAGAGGGUUUGCCUGCAGACAGGCUCUCGACUGAGAACGGCAUCAUAGUGUCGAAAGCAAGGAGAUGGCCUCUGAUGAUUGAUCCUGAGACACAGGCAAACAAAUGGAUCAAGAACAGGCAUCACUCCGAUGGCCUAGCAGUCAUCAAGUUGAACGAUAAGGAUUACUUGCGGACCCUCGAAGGAGCGAUUCGGUUCGGGAAACCGGUGCUUCUCGAAAACUUACACGAAGAUUUGGAUGCGUCCCUAGAGCCGUUGUUGCUCAAGCAGGUCUACAAGGCUGGCGGUCAAUUGACCAUCAAUCUUGGAGAUUCAGCCAUUCCUUACCAUGAAGAGUUUCUCUUCUACAUGACAACAAAAUUGAGGAAUCCAUACUACACCCCUGAGACAGCUGUCAAGGUCACCCUGUUGAACUUCGCCAUCACACAGGCUGGACUGAUCCAGCAGCUGCUUGGAGUUGUUGUGCAAGAAGAGAGGCCCGAUCUCGCUCAGAUGAAGGACCAGUUGGUCAUCAACAACGCGGCGAUGGUCAAACAAAUGACUGAAAUCGAGAGCAACAUUCUCAAACUGUUAGCUGAAUCGACAGGAGACAUUCUUGAAGAUGAAACUCUGAUCAACACGCUGUCUGAGUCAAAGAAGACGUCGACAGAAGUUGAAGAGAAGUUGAAGGAGGCCGAGAGCACAGAGAAAGAAAUCGACGAAACGAGAGAGAAAUACCAACCGGUCGCUUUUCGUUCAGCUAUUCUGUACUUUGCAGUGGCGGACUUGUCAGCGAUCGAUCCCAUGUACCAGUACUCGUUAAGCUGGUUUGUGAGUCUCUACAGAAGAGGCAUCCAGAAUGCCGCCAGCGAUAGCAACCUCGACAUCAGACUGCAGAACAUCACUGACUACUUCACGUACUCCAUCUACAUCAAUUGCUGCCGCAGUCUCUUCGAAAGGCACAAGCUUAUGCUUUCGUUCUUGAUUUACACCCGCAUAGAAGAUGGCGAUGGCAACUUGGAUCAUUCUGAGUUCCGUUACUUGCUUGCUGGCCCGACUUCCGUGCAGACCAGCAAUCCUAACCCUGCGCCUGAGUGGCUCCCUCAGAACGCGUGGAUCGAAAUCAGCAACCUGGCAAAGUAUCCCAACUUCCACGGGCUGGACGAGAACUUUGCUCAGAACCUCGACAGCUUCAAGAGGAUCUACGACUCUCUAGCUCCUCAAGAUGAACCGAUUCCUGAACCAUGGCAGUGGAAAUCUCUACAGAAAUGUUUGUUGCUGCGGGCCCUGCGGCCUGACAAAUGCAUCCAAGGGAUACAAAAAACCGUCAGCGAGCUUCUGGGAGAACAGUUCAUUGAGACUCCUCCCUUCGACCUGGCAGCUGUCUACAUGGACUCGUCAGCUACCACCCCCCUCAUCUUCGUGCUCUCAUCCGGUGCAGACCCCACCGCAACGUUCCUCAAGUUUGCAGAGGAGCAGGGGUUUGGCAAGAAGCUCGAUGCCAUUUCUCUGGGUCAAGGACAAGGUCCGAUAGCGGCAAAGAUGAUCAACGAGGCGAAAGAUCGAGGGUCCUGGGUCCUCUUGCAGAAUUGUCAUCUCGCCACUAGCUGGAUGCCUACCAUGGAGAGGAUCAUCGAGACCUUGGAUCCUGACACGGUGCACAAAGACUUCCGGCUGUGGUUGACGAGCAUGCCCUCCGCCAACUUCCCGGCGUCUGUACUGCAAGACGGAGCCAAGAUGGUGAUGGAACCGCCCAGCGGUCUGCGUACAAACGUGAUUUCAACCUACUUGAAGUUCGAAGGGAAUUAUCUCAGUGAGUGCAGUAAGCUGACGGAGUGGAGGAAACUUCUGUUUGGAAUCUGCUUUCUCCACGCGGUCUUACAAGACAGGCGCAAGUUCGGUCCUCUGGGGUGGAACAUCCUGUAUGAGUUUGCUGAAGGAGAUUUAGAUUGCUGCCGGCAACAGUUGCAGAUGUUCCUGAAUGAGUACGAGGAAAUCCCAUGGGCAGUGCUGCAGUUCCUGGAGGCAGAAAUCAAUUAUGGUGGGAGGGUGACAGAUGAUAAAGAUAGGAGGUUGCUCAACACGAUAGUGAGAGGACUCACCUGCGAGGCAGUCUUAGAGAGCGAUUACAAGUUCUCUGAGUCUGGGAUCUAUUAUGCUCCUGAAUUCGCGACCGUGGAGGAGUAUGUUGAGUUUGUGAGAGGCUUCCCACUCUCACCAGCACCUGAGGCUUUUGGCCUGCAUGAGAACGCUGACAUCACCUGUGCUCAGAACGAGACCUUCGCUCUCUUCGCUAGUCUGCUCAAAUGCCAGCCCAAGUCUGCGAGUGGAGACGGGAAUAGAGAUGACCAGAUCUUGCAGGAGGCACAGGACAUCUUGAACAGAAUCCCUGCGUCACUGGAUAUUCUCCACGCACAAGAGAAGUUUCCGACAGACUACCAUGAGUCGAUGAACACUGUUCUCACCCAAGAGAUCCUGCGCUACAACGCCAUGCUCAAGGUGAUCAACUCCACGCUCAAGGUUCUGCUCAAGGCCAUCAAGGGCAUCGUCGCCAUGUCCGGAGAGAUGGACGCCAUCGGCACCUCAAUCUUCAACAAUCAGGUUCCAGACGCGUGGGCUCAGAAGGCAUAUCCUAGCCUCAAGCCUCUCGCGUCCUGGCUCAUCGACCUCGAAGCAAGACUUGCUUUCAUCCAGAAAUGGAUCAACGAUGGGCAUCAGGAGGCAUACUGGAUUUCAGGUUUCUACUUCCCUCAAGCGUUCCUGACGGGAGCCAAGCAAAACUUUGCUCGCAAGUAUCAGUAUGCGAUCGACAAAGUCAGCUUCGAGCACGUGGUUCGUGACGACAUCACUGCUGAGUCGGCUCAGAAGCCGGAGGACGGGGUGAUCAUCUAUGGUCUCUAUAUGGAAUCCUGCCGAUGGGAUUCAGAGAACCACUUGCUGAGCGACCCGCUCCCCAAAGAGUUGUUCUCAGAGGCUCCUUGCUUCUGGCUGAAACCAGCCUACGACAAACCUCCCACAGAUCACAAGACAAUUUACGAGGCUCCUUUGUACAAGACCCUAGAUCGCGCUGGAACACUCUCAACCACAGGGCAUUCCACCAACUUCGUCUUGAUGAUCGAAUUACCAACAGACAAGUCUCAAUCGUUUUGGAUCAAGCGAGCUGCUGCUUUGUUCUGUGCCCUCAAGUUCUGAUGUAGUUUUUUCUUGUCUAAAUAAAGGCUUGUGACAUUAGG